AUGCAACGCUUUCAUGAAAGGUAACUUUUUGAGCUUUCGACUGCGGCUUCUUCUGAGGACCAUGCUUUUUUUUUUGAUUUCUGGUUCCCAGCUUUGUUCGGGCAACUGAAAUUACAUUCUAUGAACUGUUUUUAAGAACUUAGGAAAGUUUUUCGAGAACAGUUUCAAAAAAUAGUCCACUUCGUUUUUUCCAAUAUUUUGUGGUUAAACAUCAUCCAUGAUGCGCUGAAGUUUGAAAUUGAGUUUGAUUUAAAAACUCUGAAUGGCUUUCUGAUAAAUUUACCUUUUCUAUUGAUUUUCCUUCUAAUCAAAGUUUUCAUUUCGAAAUUUUUAUUGACUGCAAAAGGGAAAAACCCUGAAAAUUUAGAAAAAGAAAGGUUCCACAGCUUCCACAGGUUUUUGAGAGUCAUUUUCAAAUGUUCCAGUUUGUGAGGAAUAGUAAACUCUUUUUUGCUUCCUCUAAUUUAUUCUCAAUUUCUGUGACGCAAAAAAUCAAUUUUUAUAGCGGUUUAGUAAUCAUUCAGCAUUAGUUAAAGUAAAAUUAUAGUGCAAGUCCUUAAAGUUUUUUUUUGGUUCUUGAGCAAACUUUUUUCCAAGUUUUUUUUUAAUGAACUUACUUUAAUAAACCGAAAAAAGUCUCUGAAGCUGGUCCUACUGGGUUGCAAAUUAUUUGUGCUUGUGUCGAUAGACUCUUUCCAAGGUCGCGUUAUCAAUUAAAAAGUUUCUAACAGCAGGUCUCUUAUCUUCAGGUUAUCAAAAAAAAUCCUCACUCUCGUUUCUUCAUAUUCUAAGAGUUGAAAAAACAGUCCGAAAACUUCUUCUCAAGUUACUUCUUUCAUAUUUUCAGAAGGAGCUAUAGAUGGCAUAUUUCCUUGCCUAAAUCUCAUUUUAUGCUCUGCUCGGAAGGAAAAAUCUAGCCAGCUGUCCUAUGCGGUAAAGUAUCGCGUAUUGGGCUGGAACCAAGAGUCAUUUGCCGGCGCUUUCGAAUGUUUUUUUCUUUUGGAAAGAGAAUGCGACGUGAUGUUGGCGCUAGUAGUAGCGCCCUCAAGAGCUUCCGCUUGGAGCGAAGAAGAAAAAAAGAAGAAGCCGCCGCAUCCUGCGGCGCUUCCUUCUUUGUGAUUCAUGCCAGCCCGAUAAAAAACCCUUACGGACACUAACCUGCUUUCUUCCAAUUGUCUUCGGGAUUCAGAACUUUGUUAUCUCCUAUCGAUUGAUUUUUUGAUAAGUGGUACUUGAUCUACAGACCACCGUUUUCAAUAGGUUCCCUAACGUAUUCAAUUAAAAUGAAGAUUAGUGAAUUUGAUAAAACUACAUUUCUUUGACUACUUUCUAGAUAAUGUCUCGAGUAGCAUUGCUCUCAUUGAGAAUACCGAUCUUUAUAGCAAAAGAUGACGUUUUUUUCAUAGCUUGAAACAAUAUUUUGAUAUUUCCGAAAGUUUAUUCGAAUGCACCCUUUUUCCUUUCAUCGAAAAUAUAUUCAGAAUUAAAUGGACUUCAAAAAAAUAAGAGGGACAUUUAUUCUCUGAUGAAUUUGAACCUGAGAAUUCCUAGGGCUUCUAUAUUCUUUCUCCUACGUGCUCCUAAACUGGCUCAAUUUUUAAAGAAUCGAGCAAAACUUAUGGCUUCCCUGAGUCACUUUUUUUCGCUUUCAGGGUUUCAGAAAUUUGAUCGUUUUUUUUUUCAUUUUCUAAUUGAAAAAAAUGCGGAAAGAUUUUUUGAAGGUUUAUACACAUUCUCCUCAUAAGGAAUUUCUCGCGUUCCGAUGAUCUCAUGAUAACUUUAAACAAGAAAACCAUGAACUCAUGAAAACAGUUGAAAGAAGAUUGAUAUGAUGCGGAUAGGGAUAACCUGAAAGCUUUUACAGUACCCUAAAUGUUUUUUUCGGUCCACGAGAGAAUCAUUCCCACUGUUGAUGAUCAGACGAUUCCGUUCUUUUCUUUUUCAUCAUUUUAUUAUGUUAUUCCAAUGAAUACUUAUUUGAUACUUUCCCAUAUUUUUUCCAGGAAAAUGACAUUUGACUGGAUUCUGAUUUUUCAGCAAAACGUUGGCCACGGCGUCAAUCGGAUACACGGGACGCUCUCCCAUUGAGAGCAUGCAGAACAUGAUAUCUAGUGCUGCUGGCGGCUCCUACGGCCAUGGUAAACUUUUUGAAAAUGCUUUGAUCAUUUUAUACAGCUCAAUAUAAUCGCGUUGAGUCUUAUGAUCUGAUAAAUGAAAUAAGAUCAAAAUUCUGAAAAGUCGAAAUUGCGAAGACCGAAAAUCCUGAUAGUAAUGACAAUAAGUAUCAGAUUUGUGAGCUUUCAAUUCGACAAAAUGAAUUUUACCUUAGAAAUUAGGGAAAAUAGGAAGUGCCUAAUUUGUAGAAUUUCAGGUUAUUAGGAAGUGAAAACUGUUCUUGUUGAGUUCUUAAAUCAGAGCUCAACUGAAAAACAAGAUUACUGCCACGCGUUUUAAAAAUCACACUUCAAAGUUCAAUUAAAAGCUCUCAAAACUAUCGGUUUUUCAGAAGUAAACGUUUUUUGAUCCUAUUAAAACACGGCAAUUUCUUGAAAUUAUUGUUUAUUUAGUACACAAACAUUUUUUUUGUAUUUUGUACUUUGCGCUUCCCACAGAAUAUCGAUGAUCACUGGUAAAUUGACCUCAAAGAAAAAUAGGUGAUAUUUCUGCAAUUUCCUACAUUUCAUAGUAACUGCGCGAGUGCAGCUGAAACUUUGAAUGAAACUUGCAGAUUUUUUGAUUUAACUAAUUUGAUGUUUUUGAGUCUCCUUCACGUAGUCAAUUUUUUCGCUAGCUUUUUUUUUGAAAAGUUUGAGAGAAGCUUCAUUUUUUUUCGCAGAAAACUCAUAGAUUUAGGAUCAUCCGCGCUUAACUUAGACUUUCAUUUUUCAAUCUCAUAAGUCAAAAAAAGAAAAUGCAACGCCUAAAAAUUGAAAAGACGCGGCAAACCAGAAAGUUUCGAAAUGUAGGGACGGAAAGACAGGUAUACUGUAGAGGUUUGAUGGGUUUCGCUUGUUUCAAAUCUUAUCUUUGGCAGACGAGGCAAUGCUUUUAGAGAUUACAGUACCCGGUGGAAAUAGAAUGAAGGUUUUGUUUCUUCUCCUUCUCGGAAAAACCCUUCGAACGUUUAUUAAACUGGUUUUAUCUGAAUCCGAUAGGUUUAUCGAAAUUCUCUUCAUCCUUUUCUAUAAGUUUGCAGUUUUAGAAAAGUGUUUUGACUACGAUUUUUCCUAUUGAAAGCCGUUUUUAAGUCAAUAAAGCUACCUGUUUUAUUUAUUCGUUGCGUUUGAUGGAAUUAAGAGUUUUUCCGGUACAACAGACAGCUUCAUUCAUUUGAUUACCGCUUGUUGUUGGUUUCAACUGUUUGGAAAAUAGGCCUUUUUAUUGAUUUUAUCCAUUUCUCACCUCUUCAAAGUUCUUUCACUAAUUACUUAUAAACGCGUGAUUUCCCUAAGUCAACUUCAUAUCAAACUUCUUUUUUUGAUGUGUCCAGAUAAGCUCUGAAUAGAAUAAAACACGAAAUUCGGAAAGAAAGUAAAUUUUUCUUUUUUUUUAGGCUGUAGCUCUUGAAUACAUUGAGGUUCGCUGAUAUAUUUAAACUGCAAAGCCCAUUUUCGCAAUUCAAAAACUCUUCCGAUCUAUCACGGUUUGCGCGCGAUCGCUUUUGUAAAAUUGAAAAGAACUUAAAACCUGUUCUGUUUCUAAAAGAAUAAAAUAAAAGAAAUCUCGUUAAACUUUGACAGAUUUAGACAAUAUCCGAUAUUUAGAACCAAAAAAAAAAUUUUUUUUUUUGAUUAAAUAAUAUUUAUUCCAGUGAACAUGAUGCCGAUGGGUCAGCCGAUGACAUCGCCGAUGAAUCCUGGAAUGAACCAUGGGAUGAAUCCGGCGAUGAAUCCAGGAAUGAAUCCGGCGAUGAACGGACGGCCAAUGAGUUUCCGCGCUCCCGGCGUUCCACCAUCGUCCUCGAUGGCGCCUGGACCAAUGGGCAUGCCUCCACAGGAUACCACGUUAGUUCAUUUCUGCUUUCGUCGAUUUUUUGUUCACGGAUAAAUUAACCUUCUACAUGUUUCUGUGCAUGCUUCGCUCUUGCUCUCAAGGAUCUGCUCUAUUAAUAACUGUAUAAGCGACAUGAUGGAAUAAAAGCUAGCAAAGUUGGAUACUCCUGGGGAAGCUCUGAGUCGAAAAUCAAAAUUUUGCGCUUUUUUAAAAGUUCAAAUUUGAGAUUUUGUUUGAAAUAUUGAAGAAUGCUCGCUGAAGAAAUUAGCCCGAACAUCCGAGAAAAAAAUAAAGGGACGCGUGGCCUGAAACCGGUUUUUGUCAGGUUGGAAAAGUGACAUCAUGAGUUUUACUGAUAAUGUUAUGAAAUUUUUGGUCAGGCUCGAUUUUUUUUCUUUUUCAUUAACAUUUUUUGUGAAUUUUGACUAGAUAUAGCGAACUAUGAAUAAAUAAAACAUUUUUCAUUAAAACCAUCUUUUACUUCAAACUUAGAUGAUCCGAUUAUUAUAGAAAACUGGCUAGUUGAGAAUGGUUUUCAAUGUCGUCAACUUGAAAAUAAAUACUCGACCUACCCUAAUUUUGCAAUAAUAAGGCUGUUUACCGAAACCUUUCAAAGUCUUUCAUUUGACCUCAAUGUUCCGUGCGAUCCUAAAAAUAACUCACAGCUUCUUCAAGAGUAUUUUGGCAACAACCUCGGCGAAAAAUUUCGUCAUGUCUUCUCCCUUUUUUGCAUUGCCUCAAUGCUUUAACGAAUAACAAGCCGUCGCACCUUCACAGCCAGAAUGUUUAUGCAAAUGUGAACUGCAUUUUGAAGUGCCAUCACCGAGAUCAAUAUUCAACAAUAACCCGCUUAAUACACAUUCCGGUUUCAACUCUCUCCGCGGCCAUACACUACUUCAUGAGUAAUUGCCGAUUUGUGAUGCGCUCUGGUUAUGUUGGAAAAGAAAAAAACUCAAAUCCCACCUGUGUUGGAUAUUUACUUCUCUUCUGAUUUUUCGAUAGUUUUAUUUCCCAAUUCAGUUUAUUUACGACUGUUUUCCGCUGUAAAUCAACCAUCAAUCAACGGAAUUGUAAACGGCGAGUCUGCGACAGCCGAAUGUCAUAAUUCAAAAGGGCUUGACUAAUUAAUUUUUGGGCCGGCUCAAGCGUAACGAACGCUUUUCGGCUCAACUUUUCGAUUCAGUGUGCUCCAUGUGCCGCGACGUAGAUCACUUCGAUCGCACGUGGAAUGA